AUGGAAGCACAUUUUCACUGCUGGAUUGGCAUCCCUGUCUUCCUCCUGUUUGUCCUGACCCUGCUGGGGAACAGUGUAAUCAUUGUUACUGUCAAGUUAGAGCCAGGCCUUCAGCAGCCUAUGUAUUUUUUCCUUUGCAUGCUGGCAGUGAAUGACGUGGCCCUUGCCUCUUCCACAGCACCCAAAAUGCUUGGCAUCCUCUGGUUUGAUGCUCACAGGAUUGACUUUAAUAUCUGUCUCACACAACUAUAUUUUAUCUACACAUUUUGCGUUAUUGAGUCAGCCAUCCUUGUUGCCAUGGCUUUUGACCACUGUGUAGCUAUUUGCAUCCCACUGUGUUAUACAACCAUCCUGUCAACACCAAUGGUUGUUAAAAUAGGUUUAGUUGAUAUAAUCUGA